AUGCAGUCAGUCCAGGAGAGAAAGAACAUCAUUGUGGAAGCGGCGAACGCUCUCAUGCUCGACGUCAACUGUAGCUCAUACCCAUUGAUCACCUCGUCUAACACAACACUUGUCAGCAUCAUCAGCGGUCUUACCUUGAAUCCCAAGAACAUCAUAGAAACGAUCGGAAUAGUGAAGGCCUGUACGGCCCGCGUCGGAGAUUGGCCGGGAAGGGGAAUUCCAACCGGCAGAAGACGCAGAUGUGGAUGGUUCGGCCUUGUUGUUGUCAAAUACAGCACUUCCAUCAACUACUGCAACUUUCUAAACCUCACGAAGCUUGAUGCUCUGGAUACUUUCGACACUAUCAAGGUCGCUAUCGCUUACAAGUUUGAUGGCGUCGAGCUUGAACAUUACCCUGCCGAUCUCGAUAUGCUAGCCCAAGCCGAGGUUGUCUACCACGAGUUGCCGGGAUGGCAGAAGCCAACCACUGGAGCAAACACUUUCUAUGGUCUUCCUAAGCAAGCUCGCUAA